UUUUCGUCCAAUUUAAUUGAUUUGCUGCCUUAAGUUCAGUAUUAUUUGUUCUUUUUUAGUUAAGAUGGCAAGGAAGAAGCGUAAAGCGGUUAUAGAUGUAGGUAGUUCUGAUGAUUCUGACAAGGAUUUUGAAGCUUUAUCUGAUUCAGAAUCUGAAGAUUUAGAUGAUGGUCACAAUGAGAGUGAUCGCUCAUAUUCUGAAGAUAAUCAGUCUAUCCAGCGUGCUGCUUAUAAACAAGUUCUUAAGGAGUAUACUGAAAUCAAAAUUUUGAAGGAGAAGUUGGCUUUGGCUCUGAGUCGUGAGGUUACACUUUAUCUGUUUUAUUUUGAGAAAAAGGCUCACACUGUUAAAAAGUCUAAAGAUGCUUUUACCAGAUUCUCAGUUUCAAAUUUCUCAUCUGUUAUUGAGUCAUUGUCUCCAGAACAUAAGAAUGUCAUUGAUGAUUUUGGAUUUGGGUGCCUUCUUCAGUUUGACAAAUGCUUUGUGCCUAACAAGUUUGCUAAGUGGGUUGCUAGACUUGUGAACUAUAGGUCUGGUGACAUAGUAAUUGAUGGCAAAGUUAUCUCUCUUACCAGGGAAUCAGUCCACUUAGUUCUUGGUGUUCCCAUAACUGACUUGUCGUUUCCUACUGAUCCUUCCACUGGAAAAGCUAUUGUUCUAUCAAAGUUUGGAAAGCGAUCUAUACCAUCUGUUAGUUUCUUUGCAAAUAAGCUUCUGAAUCAUGAUCCUAUGUCUGAUGAAGAUCUUUUCAUCUGCUUUAUUCUGGUUGCUAUGGCUAGUUUCUUGUGCCCUAAUUCCUCUCAAGCUCCAAGUUACAAAUACUUUGGUAUUUUUGAAGAUCUUCAAAAUGUCAAGCAGUAUGAUUUUGCUGGAUAUAUAUUACAGUGGUUAUUGGAUAGUGUGAAGAGUUUUAACCGUGGUAAAAGUUCCUUGGACUCUGAUGGCGGUACUCUUGGUGGUUGCAUCUAUUAUCUUGCUGUGUUGUACUUAGAUUUUGUUGAUUUUGGUGCUCGUCAAGUUUCUGAUUCUGUGCCUCGUAUAUCUGUUUGGAAAGGCGGCAUGAUUAAGGAGUAUUCUCAGUAUGAUUUAAAAUCUAAUGGUUCUUAUGGAUAUCAUCCAUUACUUGAUGUUUCUCGUACUUGCUAUUUUAAGGACUUGAGGUUUCUGUUCAAUCCUUUGUCAAAGUUUUUGGAUGAUUCAUUUGUUGACAAGCUUGAUUCACAUGCCGGGUGCAAGCUUCCUGAUUCUUUAAAGACCAAUAUUUGCAAGCUUAUUCAGAAUUACUGCUUCAAUUGUGGUGUUUCUAUUAAUAUGGAUGUUCAUGCCGUCAAUUCUUUACCUGAAGAUUUGAAGUCAACAUUUUGCAAACUUCUGACGCAUGCUUAUUCCAUUGAUACUCGCGCUCAAAAAUUAAUUCUUGAUCUUAUCAAGCUUGUUGUUCAUUGCUUUGAUGAAGAAGGUUCUGGUACUCCUCCUGCUGAAACCACCUCUGCUGAUAAUACACCCAAUUUGCAUCCUGAAGAUACUAAGGAUAAUUCUGCAGAAUUAAAUGUUAGCACUGAUGGUGCCAUAGAUGGUGAUAAUCUUGGAUACUCUUCUCAAUAUGAGCUGCAAAGAUCAAGACUAUAUUCAACUCCUAAUGUCAAGUGUCAUUCUCAAAAGGUCCCUUCUUUGAAAUCUGUCCUCUCUAAUUAUGUUGACGAUGAUUCGAAUAGAUCAGUGUCUUUGCCGGUUCCUAAUUUGCCUCGUUCAUCAUUGAAACCAUUGAAUUCAACUCCGGGUCCGUCCUCUGUUGAUAGAGUAAUGAAGAAGUUGAUUAAGCCAAAUGAUUCAACCCCAGCUAAAAUUGUGAAAUCUUCUUCUCGUUUUGUACCUUCUCCUUCUGGUUACCCUGCUGACCAUCCUUUGUAUCGUUGUUUGUACAAGAAAUUUGAUGACUCUGUUUCUAAAGUUCAUGGAAAUCAUCAAUCGUCUCAGAAGUCUCCUUUAUCUGAUUGUACUAAUUCCCCUCUAGAUAAUCGAGUAAAUAAGUCUGUUUCGUUUGCUGCACAAGAUGUUGGCCCAAGUGAUGUCAUCAUGCUCGAUCCUGACCACAACUAUGUUCCUGAUUCUGUUUCUCCUUCCCCUAGACCUAAACUAUCAAGGCUUUCUUCCCUAAAGAGUAACUGUGGUCAAGAAAAUGUUUCGCCACGAUCAUCUCAAAAGGAAUGUCCAGAUGUUGAAAUUGUUGGCCAAUCUUCUUUAGCUGCCAAUGUUCAAGCUAUGUCUAAAGUGUCUGAAGAGGUGUAUAAUUCAAACCUACGAUCUAGUACUAAAACACCUGGAUCUGUUCAGAGAGUUGGUGUUUCUGGUUCUCAACCAAGCUCUCGAUUCAAACCUUCUGAUUCCUCAACUGGAGGUAAAUUGCCACUUCAUGGGCCAAGACGUUUUGCAGUCGCUUCUAGAGUUUAUUGUCGUGAUUAUGUUACAGCUACCAACAAAUUCUCUGUUUCCAAGUCUGAGGUUCUCAACUAUAAAAUUCUUUGCAAGCUGGCUUCUUCAUAG